AUAAAUCUCCUCUUUUGAUUGUCGGGCAUCCGAUCUUAUUAUUCUGCGCAUAUAGAAAACAAUUUUCUCCGUUCAUCUUAUUUUCAAGAUGAGGAAAAAAAUGUGCGUCCCUGAUGAGAAAUUUGAUCGAGAAUCGACGUUAUAUAUAUACGAGACAUUGUUUGGCGAAAGAGGCAUGGCCAUUCCAGGUUUUCAACCCUUAAAUCCUUGACGAUUGUCGCAUUUCUCCUCGAAUGGGGAAUUGGUAGACGCGAGAUAGAAAGAGGUAAUGGAAAGAGGAUUCCGUUUUUCAACGAAGCGACAUGCAGUAAACCAUUAGCUCGUGUAAAUGCUACUUUAUGAUUCGUAUGGAAUUCCUCCCAGAGUGUCAGGGACGCAAUUGAAAACAGGAAUAUGGAAGAAUUUUCAAUGUUUUCAAACCAAUUUGAUUUUUAACGGUACAGAAGAUUAAUUGCCCGGCGUUUGGAAAGGAGAAAAAACUAUAUGAAGUCAUUAACAAGAUGACUUCUGACAUAAAAUGGAUGGUCACCAUAUCAGUCUCAAAGUCUGACGCUUAAUCACCAUCCUCCUUAUUUCCGGAUGAGUUAUGUACAACGAAUAACAGACCAGUUUGCGGGGUGAGAUCGACAUGGGUUUUUCGCUGGCGGCGGUUAGUCGGCCGCAUCACCCGGAGAAGCAAGAGAUCGAGAGAGAGAAAGAGAAAGAGAGAGAGUCCUGGGGAUUUCGACAGGAUGGAAGGCGUGCCGAGUGGAGAAGCCACACCCAACAACCCCUUCGAAAGCGGAAGUGAGUACGAGGGUGGAGUCUACCAAUGACAUAGUGGUGUCGUGGAGCCGAGUCAGCUGACAACCUGGCCUUGGAGCCGCCCCCGUGGCUAACUAACAAGCUCCACGAUGACGAGUGCGGCAGCCACUCGGCCAGCAAGUCCUCUCGCUCACUCCCCCUCUUUAAAAGAGCCAUUCUCCAAAGGUGUUACAUGUCGUUGCGUUACGCCGGGGAUCGCAUGUCGUUACAAUAGCGACUUGUCGAUGUGUGCCCCCGUCUUCUGCUCUCAAAAAUCACACAUACACACAGUAACAGGAGCAGCAGCAGCAGCAUCUUUGCAGAGUUUACUUGCAAUUGUAUCCGAUGGGAGUGCACACAAAUGCAGCAUUUGCCACAUUUCUACGUGUUCACCACCCCUCAACGUUGCUAGCCGCGUCAAGAUCUACGGCCAGGAUACCAGGGAGAAUUGGCCGGGACACUGCGAGUUCCUGCAACUGGAAGGCAACCGCCAGUCUGGGGAUGUUCGACUUUUGAUCGGGCGCGGAGAAUGGGCACAGCAGACAGGCUUUUGGACAUUCUAUGCGAUGUAUGUGGUGACCGUAGCUCAGGGAAACACUACGGUAUCUACAGCUGCGACGGUAACGUCAUCCGCUAGUUGUUCGGGAUUUUUUAAAAGGAGCAUUCACAGUAAUCGAGAGUAUACCUGCAAGGCACAAGGAUCUUUGAAAGGACGAUGUCCCAUUGACAAAACUCACAGGAAUCAGUGUCGAGCUUGCCGUCUGAAGAAGUGUUUUGAAGCGCGCAUGAAUAAGGACGCCGUACAACAUGAACGAGGACCGCGGAAAGCAAAACAACAUUCAGUAUUGUCGGAUAAACAUCAACAACCGCCUUCAAUUUUAACGCAGCUUUCGCCUCAUCACAACGGAUCACGAAUGGACAUUAAUUCAACACAUCCCUUCGUUCCACAAAGAUUUCGAAUGGAUCAACGAUUUGCGCCUUAUCCAACGCCUCUUCGUAUUCAUAAGUCAUCGGAGGAUUCCCCACCGCCUGCACCAUUGGCACUUACUCAUUCUCCAUCGACGACGACCCUCUAUCAUACGACGACAGUUACCGUCGCACAACCACCGCAACCGCCCCUUCUACAACUAAUUUUAGCCGCAGAGAAAUGCCAGGAAGUAGGAUGGAAUACACGUUUGCAGUCAGACUUGGAAGAAAUAGAACAAACUGAAACAGAAACAAGUCGUAGUCCAUCGGCAGUUGCGACUAUUUUUAGUCCAACUUGGGAAGUUUUACAAGAAACGACAGCGAGACUUUUAUUCAUGGUGGUGCAGUGGGUUAAAUGUCUUGCUUCAUUUCAAGCACUUCCAGAAUAUGAUCAACGAUUACUGUUGGAAAAAACUUGGACACAGUUAUUUCUUCUUCAUUUCGCUCAAUGGUCCACAUCAUGGGACAUCAUUGGACUUUUGGACGAUGAACAGGCACGAAAAAGACUUCCCGAUAGCAGUUCACGUCAGGAGUUACGAACUAUUCAGAAAAUAAUUUACAAGUACAAGCAAAUUUGUCCCGACAGUGGAGAAUGGGGUUGCAUGAAAGGUGCAGUUUUAUUUACUCCAGAAGUGGACGAUCUAAACGCUCCAGAAGCAGUUGAGAUGCUUUACAUUCAAGUUCACUCGAUAUUCUUAGAGUAUACAACGCAUCGUUAUUCGCAUCAAAAAUUCUGGAAACUCAAACGUCUAUUGCAAUUAUUAGACGACGUUAAACCAAAGACUAUUGAAUAUUUAUUUUUCCGCGAAACUAUUGGACAAAUACCAAUAGCCAAUCUAUUAGACAACAUAUAUAAAAUGGAAUCUCAUACUCAAAAUACUCACUGUUAGGAGAUUAUAUCGUAUAUAUAAAAAAAAAGUAAAUGAAAAUAGUAAUUUUCUUUGGUAAAAUUUCGAUAUAUCAUAAUUUUAAAUAUAUCAACGAGACAUAAAUAAAUAUAUAAAAAAAAGACGGAAAUUUUUCUAAAGAUAAUUAUAUCAUCGUUACGCGAUCAUUUUUAUGUAAAUGCUGUAAUUAAAAUUACUAAAUUCGUAUUUAGAAUAUUAUCGAUAUUCAGAAUUAAAUCUGAAUUUAUUCAAUUUUCUCGCUUUUUAGGUGCUUUAGCGUUUAAAGAAUUUUUCUAUUUCGAAAAGAAAUUAUCCUAUCGACUCUAAUUUUUCUUCUUCUUCUUCUUUUUUCUAUUCUGUAAAAAAAUUAAAC